ACACGCCUCGUCCCAAACAACCCCAUGCACAUUGUCCUUUGUUCCGUCUCUUGGGCCACUUUCCCUGUCGCUUCCUCCCAGCCCGUCCUGAUUUGCUCCCCAAAAGUACGUUUCUGUCUCCCCGCUGCCCUGGCGCUCCCCCUUUGAUUUAUUAGGGCUGCCGGGUUGGCGCAGAUUGCUUUUUCUUCUCUUCCAUCCCAUCCUCCCUUCUGGUCCUCCUUUCCACAGUGGGAGUCCGUGCUCCUGCUCCUCGGUUGGCUCCUAAGUGCCCCGCCCGGUCCCCUCUCCUUUCGCUCUCCCGGCUCCGGCUCCCGACUCUUCGGCCCGCUGGCCUCUGCUUCCCUCCCCUGCCUCGUUUCUCGUCGCCCCUGCUCGCUCCCCCCGGCGCUCGCCCGGGCGCUGUGCUCGCUCCUGGAUCUCCAGCCGCGCAGCCGGGCUCGGCCGGCCGCCCGCGCGCCACUGUGCAGUGGAGUUUGGUGGAAUCUCUGCUGACGUCACGUCACUCCCCACACGGAGUAGGAGCAGAGGGAAGAGAGAGGGAUGAGAGGGAGGGAGGGGAGAGAGAGUGCGAGACCGAGCGAGAAAGCUGGAGAGGAGCAGAAAGAAACUGCCAGUGGCGGCUAGAUUUCGGAGGCCCCAGUGCACCCGUGGACUCCUUCGGAACUUGGCACCCUCAGGAGCCCUGCAGUCCUCUCAGGCCUGGCUUUCGGGCGCUUGCCGUGCCGCCGGAGCCUCGGCUCGCUGGAAAUCGCCCCGGGAAGCAGUGGGACGCGGAGACAGCAGCUCUCUCCCGGUAGCCGAUAACGGGGAAUGGAGACCAACUGCCGCAAACUGGUGUCCGCGUGUGUGCAAUUAGGCGUGCAGCCGGCGGCCGUUGAAUGUCUCUUCUCCAAAGACUCCGAAAUCAAAAAGGUCGAGUUCACGGACUCUCCUGAGAGCCGAAAAGAGGCAGCCAGCAGCAAGUUCUUCCCGCGGCAGCAUCCUGGCGCCAAUGAGAAAGAUAAAAGCCAGCAGGGGAAGAAUGAGGACGUGGGCGCCGAGGACCCGUCCAAGAAGAAGCGGCAAAGGCGGCAGCGGACUCACUUUACCAGCCAGCAGCUCCAGGAGCUGGAGGCCACUUUCCAGAGGAACCGCUACCCAGACAUGUCCACACGCGAAGAAAUCGCUGUGUGGACCAACCUUACGGAAGCCCGAGUCCGGGUUUGGUUCAAGAAUCGUCGGGCCAAAUGGAGAAAGCGGGAGCGCAACCAGCAGGCCGAGCUAUGCAAGAAUGGCUUCGGGCCGCAGUUCAAUGGGCUCAUGCAGCCCUACGACGACAUGUACCCAGGCUAUUCCUACAACAACUGGGCCGCCAAGGGCCUUACAUCCGCCUCCCUAUCCACCAAGAGCUUCCCCUUCUUCAACUCUAUGAACGUCAACCCCCUGUCAUCACAGAGCAUGUUCUCCCCACCCAACUCUAUCUCGUCCAUGAGCAUGUCGUCCAGCAUGGUGCCCUCAGCAGUGACGGGCGUCCCGGGCUCCAGUCUCAACAGCCUGAAUAACUUGAACAACCUGAGCAGCCCGUCGCUGAAUUCCGCGGUGCCGACGCCUGCCUGUCCUUAUGCGCCGCCGACUCCUCCGUAUGUUUAUAGGGACACGUGUAACUCGAGCCUGGCCAGCCUGAGACUGAAAGCAAAGCAGCACUCCAGCUUCGGCUACGCCAGCGUGCAGAACCCGGCCUCCAACCUGAGUGCUUGCCAGUAUGCAGUGGACCGGCCCGUGUGAGCCGCACCCACAGCGCCGGGAUCCUAGGACCUUGCUGGAUGGGGCAACUCCGCCCUUGAAAGACUGGGAAUUAUGCUAGAAGGUCGUGGGCACUAAAGAAAGGGAGAGAAAGAGAAGCUAUAUAGAGAAAAGGAAACCACUGAAUCAAAGAGAGAGCUCCUUUGAUUUCAAAGGGAUGUCCUCAGUGUCUGACAUCUUUCACUACAAGUAUUUCCAACAGUUGCAAGGACACAUACACAAACAAAUGUUUGACUGGAUAUGACAUUUUAACAUUACUAUAAGCUUGUUAUUUUUUAAGUUUAGCAUUGUUAACAUUUAAAUGACUGAAAGGAUGUAUAUAUAUCGAAAUGUCAAAUUAAUUUUAUAAAAGCAGUUGUUAGUAAUAUCACAACAGUGUUUUUAAAGGUUAGGCUUUAAAAUAAAGCAUGUUAUACGGAAGCGAUUAGGAUUUUUCGCUUGCGAGCAAGGGAGUGUAUAUACUAAAUGCCACACUGUAUGUUUCUAACAUAUUAUUAUUAUUAUAAAAAUGUGUGAAUAUCAGUUUUAGAAUAGUUUCUCUGGUGGAUGCAAUGAUGUUUCUGAAACUGCUAUGUACAACCUACCCUGUGUAUAACAUUUCGUACAAUAUUAUUGUUUUACUUUUCAGCAAAUAUGAAAAAAAUGUGUUUUAUUUCAUGGGAGUAAAAUAUACUGCAUACAAA